UUUGUAUGCGCGAGCGCUCCGGAGUCCCGCUGGAAGAAAAGAGCCGAGCAACUAAACCAAGCGGGGGCGAAAAGCGAGAUAUGAAAAAAAAUAAGAGUCUGUAUUAUUGUGGGGUUUUUUUUUGCACUAACAAAUAACGACGGAUAUCUUUUCCGGAAUCGGAUUUUUUUUUUUUUUUUUUUUUAAUCAUCGGGUCUGGAUUUUAACGAGAAGCACGGAUUGAGUGAGAGGGAGAAAGGCAACAGUGAAAUAACUCAUGGGAUGGACAGUAUGAACCGUCCAGGAACUGGAUAUUAAAAACUACCUACCUACCUACCACAAUAAUAACAGCAUAAUAAAUGUGAAAACUUUUUAACAUGCUACACGAAUGGGAAAUUUGGAAAAUGUGCAUUGUAGGCUGAACCUGCAACAACCUGCCAUGUUUUGAGCCAUUUCUAUUCCUUUGGUGUGAUUUUGAAGAAAAAAAAAAAAAAAAAGCACCAUCACUGAAUAACCCAAUGUGCCCUCGAAGCGUGCAUGUCUGGGGCAAUGGGUUGGUGUGUGCGUAGCUAGCCAUAAAUCCGUUACCAUGGCUCAGACAAGUUUACUGCAGGGAAAGCGCUUCUACUGCCGUGAGUGGGUUUUCCACAAGAUCCAGCACUGCCUUCAGGAGAAAACUGGCACUUCCUGUGGCUCAGGAAGGGAAGGUCCGCCCAUCUCAGGGGGUGGCGCUGCAUCAGGUGCAGGGAAAUCAGGAUCAUGGGGUGUUUUGCUGGUUGGAGGACCCGGAAGCGGCAAAACAGCACUUUGCACGGAGCUGCUGUGGCCAAGCUCGCAGCACGGCAAUCAUCGCGGUUUAAGCCAAUUCUGCCUGGCGUUUCAUUUCUGCCGCGCCGACGAUUCUGACACAGUGUGCGUGAGCGGAUUCAUACGAGGCUUGGUGACACAGAUCUGCAGAAGUAAACUCGUACCGCAGUAUGAGGAGAAAAUUCGUGACCCUGCCAUCCAGAACGCGCUGAAGCCUGGAGAGUGUGAGAGGAACCCGAGCGAGGUGUUUAAAAGGUGUGUACUGCUUCCACUUUUGAGCUGCACUCCUCCUCCUCAGGCCUUGUUUUUGCUCGUCGACUCCAUAGACGAGGGAAUGAAAGCGGGUGGGACGGAGUCAAGCUCUGGCCCCUUCAACCCACGCAGCAUCGGCGAGCUUCUGUCUUCCCACCAUGAACUCCUCCCACCAUGGCUCCUCCUCAUCUGCUCGGCCCGCCGCCAGAACAAAAACAUCACCAAGCUUUUUACAGGUUUCCGCAAAAUCAGUCUGGAUGACCUACGUAAAGCUUACAUUGUUAAGGAUGUUCAGCAAUACAUUCUGCACAGGCUAGACCAGGAAGAGGCACUACGGCAACACCUGACCAAGGAGACAGCAGAAAUGCUUAACCAGCUCCACAUUAAGAGCAGUGGCUGUUUCUUGUAUCUGGAGCGUGUGCUGGAUGGUGUGGUUGAUAACUUCAUCAUGCUCCGUGAGAUCCGCGACAUCCCAGGAACACUAAAUGGACUCUACCUAUGGCUCUGCCAAAGACUUUUUGUCAGAAAGCAAUUUGCCAAAGUGCAACCCAUCCUGAAUGUCAUUCUGGCUGCAUGCAGGCCUUUGACAGUGAAGGAGUUGUACCAUGCUGUCUGGACUAAAAACAUGACCCUCACCAUGGAGGAGUUUCAGAAAAAGAUGGACAUUCUAUCCAAAUUGCUAGUGGAUGGACUCGAAGGUACCAAGAUUCUUUUUCAUUACAGUUUUGCUGAAUGGCUUCUUGAUGUUAAGCACUGCACUCAGAAAUACCUUUGCAAUGCUGCUGAGGGUCACCGGAUGAUGGCUAUGAGCUAUACGUGUAGAGCCAAGCAGCUCAAACCUCUGGAGGUGCAGGAGUUUGCUUUUCACUUGAUCAACUCCAACCUGCAGAUUGAACCUGUUAACCUGGCUCUAUGGAUGGUGUGGAAUGGCACACCUGCAAAAGACUCUCUUUCUACAUCCAUUCCCAAAGAGCAGGAGGUCUUGCAGCUUCUGGUCAAAGCCGGAGCUCACAUCAGCAAUGAGGAUGAUCAUGCUUCAUGCAUUGUUCAACAAGCACUGGAGCGAGAGGAUUCCAUCCGCACUUUGCUUGAUAAUGGUGCCUCAGUAAACCAAAGUGACUCCAGCGGACGAACUCUAUUGGCUAAUGCAGCGUACAGUGGCAACUUGGAUGUGGUGAAUCUGCUCGUUUCCAGAGAUGCCAAUAUGGAGCUUGAGGACAACCAUGGACAGACACCACUCACACUUGCUGCCAGACAAGGACACACCAAGGUAGUUAACUGCCUGAUCGGCUGUGAUGCCAACAUCAACCACACAGAUCAUGAUGGGUGGACGGCUUUGAGGUCUGCAGCUUGGGGUGGUCACUCAGAAGUGGUCUCGGCACUCCUGUAUGCAGGUGCUAAGGUUGACUGCGCAGAUGCAGACAGUAGAACGGCCCUGAGAGCUGCAGCAUGGGGAGGUCAUGAGGAUAUUGUCCUUAACCUUCUACAGCAUGGAGCAGAAGUCAACAAGGCUGAUAAUGAAGGACGGACUGCACUCAUUGCAGCAGCCUACAUGGGACACAGAGAGAUUGUCGAGCACCUGCUGGACCAUGGUGCUGAGGUAAACCAUGAGGAUGUUGAUGGACGGACAGCUUUGUCUGUUGCAGCCCUCUGUGUCCCUGCUAGCAAAGGCCACGCCUCGGUGGUUAGUCUUCUGAUUGACCGUGGUGCAGAAGUGGACCACUGUGAUAAAGACUGCAUGACUCCUCUUCUGGUUGCUGCCUAUGAAGGGCACGUGGACGUAGUGGAUUUGCUUCUAGAAGGAGGAGCAGAUGUUGACCACACAGACAAUAAUGGAAGAACACCUUUGCUUGCUGCAGCAUCCAUGGGACAUGCUUCUGUUGUCAAUACAUUGCUCUUUUGGGGUGCAGCCGUGGACAGUAUUGAUAGUGAAGGAAGGACUGUGCUCAGCAUUGCAUCUGCUCAAGGGAAUGUGGAAGUGGUCCGAACUCUGCUGGACAGAGGCCUCGAUGAAAAUCACAGGGAUGAUGCUGGUUGGACACCUUUACACAUGGCAGCAUUUGAGGGACAUAGGCAGGUGUGUGAUGCCCUCAUUGAACAAGGUGCUCGAUGCUCAGAGGUGGACAAUGAUGGACGUAUACCCUUGAUCCUGGCUGCUCAGGAGGGACAUUAUGACUGUGUGCACAUCCUUCUUGAGAAUAAGUCCUGCAUUGAUCAGAGAGGGUAUGAUGGAAGAAACUCCCUCAGGGUUGCAGCUAUGGAAGGACACAGAGAUAUUGUUGAGCUUUUGUUAAGUCAUGGAGCUGACAUAGACUACAAAGACGCUGAUGGCCGCCCGACCUUAUAUAUACUGGCGCUUGAGAAUCAGCUAGGCAUGGCUGAGUAUUUUUUAGAGAAUGCAGCAAAUGUAGAGGCGAGUGAUUCGGAGGGCAGGACAGCUCUUCAUGUUUCCUGUUGGCAAGGCCAUGUGGAAAUGGUAAGGUUGCUGAUCAGCUACCAUGCAGAUGUGAAUUCUUGUGACAACGAAAAGCGAUCUGCUCUUCAGUCCGCUGCUUGGCAAGGUCACACAAAAGUUGUCCAAUUUUUGAUUGACAGUGGCACUCAUGUUGAUCACACUUGCAAUCAGGGAGCCACAGCACUUGGCAUUGCUGCGCAAGAGGGUCACAUUGAUGUAGUACGGAUUCUUCUUGAGCAUGGCGCAGAUCCAAACCAUGCAGACCAGUUUGGUCGUACAGCCAUGAGGGUGGCAGCCAAAGGAGGCCACUCAAUGAUCAUCAAACUUUUAGAGAAAUAUGGUGCCACUAGUCUGAAUGGCUGCAAUCCCUCACCUAUACAUACUAUGGAGCAGAAAACCCCACUGUCAGUUACAGGAAAGAUGCAAUCACUUACUAUCAAAUCCAGUAGUUCUGGCAGCACAGGAGCUGGAGAUGUUCAACCAUCAGGUCGAGGUUUAUCUAACGGACCUGUUCAUGCUUUCAGCUCCCCUUCUGAAUCUCCAGACUCCACAGUGGACAGACAGAAGUCCUCCCUCUCCAAUAAUUCCUUAAAAAGCUCAAAGAACUCAUCGCUGAGGACCACAUCAUCCACCUCAACAGCCCAGACAGUGCCCAUAGAUAGUUUCCAUGGACUUAGUUUCACAGAGCAAAUCCAGCAACACUCUCUGCCUCGAAGUCGCAGCAGGCAGUCUAUAGUUUCCCCUUCUUCGACCACAAAGUCCAUCGGCCCACAGCCGGGAUCUCCUACCAGUGAAUUUGACUGGAGUCAAGUGAAACCAGGUCUGAAAUCCUGUAAAGGAGGAAAGAGUGGGAAUGGGACAAACUAUUGCAUGAGAAAGGAAGGAUCUGGAGACAAGAAGAAAUCUAAAAAUAGCAGUGUCCUUCCACAUGGUCAAGUUUUGGAAUAUGAGAUGACCCAAUUUGAUAAAAGAGUUGCUCUCAACAAGCCAGUAUCCAACUUUGCAGUAAAGGAUCCUCAUUGCAAGAUUGUGCUGGGAGGCUCCAACACUCUGGACUCUGGCCAAUCGCAGGAGCCAUAUUAUAUCCAACAGCAGAGCUGCGCUGAAAAGAAGAGAAAUGGGAUUAUGACCAACCCUAACUAUCACCUACAGGGAAAUCAAGUCUAUUUAGGGAGAGUCUCAGUAUCCAGAACUCUGCACAGUAGGGGACAUCAGGAAGUUCUUGACAACUACCCAUUAGGGGAGUCUGAAUUAAGCCUUAAACAAGCUCUGAAACUGCAGAUUGAAGGAUCAGACCCUGGGUUCAACUACAAGAAAGAGACGCCAUUAUAACUGGCAUCUUAAACUGAAACCCUCAUCCAGAUGUUAUGGAGAAUGUGCCAAAGCAGCUGUUUUCAUCGGGGAAAAAAAUAUAUCAGAGGUUGUAUGUAUGAAACUAGUCAGCUCGAAAGUGCUUGAUCCAGAAUCAGAUUUUAUGUGAAUAAAGUUGAAUACUACAUGAAAUUAUCAGAAAGGAACUGGUCCCAGGUCUGCACUUAACUCCUGAAAUGUAUACAUAUGCUCCUAGAAACCAUUGCUACUCAGCCCUCAGUGAAACACCCCAGCUAGAAUUAAAAAGAAAAAAAGGGGGGGAGGGGGGGAGAUGGGGAGGGGGUGUGGAAACCCAAGGGAAGUAUCCUGAUUGCAGCAUAUGGCAAAUAAUAUGAACUGAAUCUCUAUGUGCCUACCGAUGUUACAGCCUACUCAUAUUCAUGCACACCAUCAUUUUAAUUUAAUGUAUUGCUAUUUAAUAAGCCAUGUAUGCACUUUUAAUUUUUCUGCAAUGAGAAAAAAAAAUCUAAAUCACUUAUACUUUUUUGUUUGUUUGUUUGUUUUCUCCUUCAUUUUUAUGAUUUUAUGGUGCUUGUUUUUUUUUUAUUAUUUGUUUUUAAUCAAAAGAAAUCGGUUCAGUGUUUUUGCUUGUUUAUCACUUUUCUACCUGUAUAAAACAAGCAAAAUGGACAGCAGUAUAUCAGCUGAGGAGGAUAUCAAGAAUAUCAAUAAUCGCCUCUGGAAAAAAACACACCGUAUCUCUAUCCUAAUCUUCUUGUUAUAUCACAAAUUCAGUCAGUCAGUCAGUCAGUACGCAUUUAAUAGUAACGGCAGACACAAAUUAUUCCCCAUCCGUGUAGUCAAUCAUAUUUAUUUUGGGAAAAAAAAGCCACUUUUAGUUGUCAUACUAUUUCAUGGUGCUGUGUGCAGUUUUUAUUUGCUAGUAUGAUUAUUUUUCAACUUUGUCACCUACAUUGUCUUUUAUUAACUUUAUAUCAUGUUUAUUGUAGUAUUACCGAUGCCCUGAGGGGUGGGGUUUAUUUGACCUUGCCUCGCACUUUUAUUUAGUCCCUGUGGGACUUUUUUUUUUUUUUUUUAACAUUUUAUUAUAAUGUUGAAUUAUUUACAGUCAUAUUUAAACAUGAAUAGAAUUUGGUGCUAUAUACAAAACGAUUUUCUAUAAUCAAAAAUUGACUGUAGGAUCAAUUUUUUCCUGACCAUUUUCCACACUAUAAGACACCUUUUUUUUUUUUUUUUUUGAGAACGUACUGUGAUCUGUACAACCACGUAACAUAUGUUAUACAAAAUCCAACCAAUAAAUGAACUGAAUUUACCCGUCAUCAUGGCAAGCACAAAUUACCAAUUUUUUUGUCUUGUAUUGAAGCCAUUAUUUAACUUUAUUUGACUGGGCCACCUGGUUCAUCAUGGGUGGACAAAUCAGGAAAUUUUUAUCUAGCCCAUCAGGCAAGGAAAAUCUCCAAUGUGUAGGUUUUUUUCUUUCUCUAGUUGUUAAACCUACUUGUCCAUAGUUGAUGAUUGACAUGAUUACAUAAAAUCUAAAUGCCUGCUAUACUAAAAUGUACUCAGUUUUACUUUUCCCAUAAGAGAGUCAAGACUUUAAUAUUGAUAAGAACGUUAAUAUUGAUAAUUAAGUUUUGUUCACUGUCGUACUAUGACCUAAACUACAUUGCUAAAGUCUGUGUGAAGAACUGGAUGAGGUUUAAAGAUAUUUCUGAAAAAUAUUUGGGUGUGAUAGAUCAACCUUGCAUAUUUAGCUACAUUAGUCUCAUAGUUAAGAUGCAAACCUAAACAAAUAAACAUGUACACCAGACGCUGAUUGAAUAUCUUUACGCUAAUUUAUUGUUCACCGCAUUAUUCCGUAAAUGUGACUUCUGAAUUAAGCGACAUAUUUUAUUUUCUGAUAUAAAUGUGUCUUAUAGUAUGAAAAAUACGGUAAGCCUAUUCUUGUCCUGAAUUAUAUUUUCAAUGGGAAUUCCUAUAGAGAAACAUUUUCUCUAUCAAAAUAUGAACCAGAAGAAAACAACAUGACAAAGAGGCUGGAAAUGUUCUCCUCUGUUAACAUUUUAAAGUAAUUCAUAUUUUGGUUUCAGGGCAUCAUCUGAAACGUGUUUCCGUCAUGCCAAAGUCGAAAUAGUAACGGGAGAGUGAGUGAAUCUAUGAGUUGAGGGUGUGUAGCGCUUCAUUUUACGCUGCUGGCAGUGAGAGCUGAAGAAUAAAAGAAGGGUGAUAGCAACAAAAUAAAAAUAAUAAUAAAAGACUAACAAAGACUAUUGAAAGCUUGGUAUGUCUGAACAAGAGCCUUUCAUUCGAAGGUAGAGAGAGAGAGAAAGGAAUUCUGGACAGUAUUCAGAAAUGUUAAGCCAUCUGUUGACCUGCAGUGUUGCUUCAUUUUCUUUUUCUGUUCCUCCACCAUGCAUGUCUGUCUGUCCUGUGUAAUAUCUCAACUUCGGGGUUCAAUGAAAGAAGUGUGAGACUGGAGAUUGUAAAUAGCUUCACCAUGUACAUUUAAACGUAACUUUUUUUUCUUGUAUUAUAUGAUUUUUUUUCCCCCGGACGUAUAUUAAAGUGCUUAAUAAACAUAUUUGCUUUACCGCUGAA